AUGGAGGAUUUUAGGGGAGGUUCUAAAACAUACACUGUAGGAGAAGAAAGGCUUUGUGAACAACACUUCGUAAAGACGACGUUACGGAACGAGCAAGGUAGAUAUGUGGUUCAACUACCGCUUAAGCAACAAUUAGUCGAUAAUUUAGGCACAUCAAGGGAUAUUGCGCUAAAUCGUUUACGUUCGUUGGAAAGACGUUUCGAUAAGGAUCCCAAUUUAAGGGUGCGAUACUCGAACUUCAUACAUGAAUAUAUCGAUCUAGGUCACGUACGUCAGAUAUUGGAGGAGGAUCCUAAUGAACCCGGUGCUUAUUACAUGCCUCAUCACUGCGUGUUGAAAGAGGAUGCCAAGAGCACUAAGCUCCGCGUAGUUUUCGACGCAUCCUGCAAAGCGGAUAGCGGACUUUCAUUAAACGAUAUAAUGAUGGUAGGGCCGGUUAUUCAGGAUGAUCUUUUCUCCAUACUUUUAAGGUUUAGGAUUCAUCUUUACGUUCUCGUGGCAGACAUAGUUAAAAUGUAUCGGCAGGUAUUGGUCCAUCCAUCUCAAACGAAACUGCAGAGAUUUCUAUGGCGCGAUGACAAAACUUUAGACGUUCAAACAUUUGAGUCGCUCGUUGUCACGUUUGGCGAAGCCGCAGCUGCCUUUUUGGUCAUAAGAUGUCUCAUCGAUUUAGCAGAGCGAUACGAAAAGGAAUUCCCGAUAGCGUCUUUGAUUCUAAAGCGUGACUUUUACAUGGACGAUAUGCUCACCGGAGCUGACUCGAAGCAGGAAGCAUUAGCAAUACGCGAUCAGAUAAUACCAUUAUUAAGAUUAGGCUCUUUUGAGCUUAGCAAAUGGGGGUCUAAUUGCCCUGAGUUAUUAGCGGGUAUUAGCGAUCGAAGUGACAGAGUCGUGCCUUUCGACAAGGACAACAAUUUCCGCGUAUUAGGUACUGGGUGGGACAUGAGAGAUGAUCUUUUUUGUUUUUCUUUAAAUCCCUUGCCAUCUUCACGCACCAUUACGAAACGAUUAAUACUUUCAGAAUUGGCUAAGCUAUUUGAUCCUAUGGGACUACUCGGGCCAACCGUAGUAGUGGCGAAAAUCCUUCUGCAAACCCUUUGGCAAUCGGGUGUAGGCUGGGAUGAAUCUGUUCCCCAGGAGGUCCACACUAAGUGGUUGCAGUUUAGGUUACAACUUUCAAACAUCGAUAAAUUGCGAAUACCGCGGUGUGUCAAGCAACGAGCAGAGGCACGGUUUAUACAAAUUCAUGGGUUUUGUGACGCGAGCGAACGAGCUUGUGUUUACGUUCGCACUCAAUUGGGUCCAGAAAGCUAUGCUUCUCAUCUCCUUUGCUCGAAAUCCCGUGUAGCUCCUGUCAAGGCUAUUUCUCUCCCUCGUCUUGAAUUGGCCGCGGCAUUGUUGUUGUCCCAAUUGAUGGAUAAGGUCAAGUCAGCUAUCGACACGAUAGGCAUGAGUAUACGGUUGUGGUCCGAUUCAACCAUAACGCUUAAUUGGAUAAACUCCCAUUCCCGUAAAUGGUCAACAUUUGUCGCUAACCGAGUGGGAGAGAUUCAAAGAUUGACGGAAACUUCCAAUUGGCGACAUGUCAAGUCAUCUAAUAAUCCUGCGGACGUUUUGUCCAGAGGGUUGCUCCCAAGUGAGUUAGUAGAUUGCGAAUUGUGGUGGCAUGGCCCUUCUUAUUUGAGGCUACCUGAGUGCGAUUGGCCUAGUAGCGAAUUUGAGGUUCUUACUGAGGACCUUCCUGAGCAGAAAGUAGCUUGUAUGGCUGCUUCUUCUUUCGACUUCGGCACUUUGAACGACUUGAUUGAGACAGGUCUUCUAACCUAA